UAGGUAUGGAUUGUUGAUUAUAUCCCUCAAUUGAAUGCACUUUGUGUAAUGAGCAAGUCAUUUAUUGUCACUCUUCUGAAUGAAACAGAUCGAUUACGUUCGUGCAACCUAGCAAAUAAUUAGCAAAAACAUGCAAUUAUCCGAUAUUUCGACGAAAUUCACACAAGAAACGGUCGAUGCGAUUGUUUGUCGGAGCGGCGGCGUGAAAAGCACGGCUUGGCGAUUCGUUGGCGGCUUCAAAAAGGGAGACUCGUACUUGAGUCAAGUGUUUCGACUGCAAAUCGAUGGGCAACGUGAAAACGGCGAGAAAUUUCAAGUUAAUACCGUGAUAAAAUCCAUUCCAAAUAACGUGGGACGGCGCAAGACCUUCCGCAGUGACGACUUUUUCCGCAACGAAAUCAAUUUUUACGAGCAUGUCAUGAAACGGUGCUUGCAGCAUCAGAAACAGGCAGCAAAAGUACCGGAAAAUGAAUUUUUCGACGCCCUUCCAACGUGUCUGGCCUCCUUUUCGGAUGGCAUUGCCGAUUUUAUCGUGCUGGAGGACUUGGGACAGUACGGAUUUGGUACGGUGAGUCGUCAGACCGGCAUGGAUUUGCGCCAUUGUACGUUCGCGAUGCAGCUACUCGGAAGAUUUCAUGCCGUUUCGUUUGCUUUUCGUUAUCAGCAACCGAAGGAGUUUCAAGAGACUUUGCAAUUUGUUGAAGAAACUUAUUACGCCGAUAAAUUUUUCAAUUGGUACAAAAACCUCCAAAAAGACCAAAUCGCCAUUUCCUUGGAUGCCUUAGCGAAAGAGUAUCCCGGCACGGAAAUCGAAGCCAAAGGCAAGGCCUUCAUCACCGACAACUUGUAUGCGAAACUCGUUUCCAUGACACACAGCACCAACGAGUAUUCCGUUAUUUGUCACGGCGACUGUUGGACUCCUAAUUUUCUCUUUAAAUACGGCGAAGAUCCAACUAUUCCUGUUUGUGCCAAAAUGAUAGAUUUCCAGCUCUCACGUUAUGCAAGUCCCGCUUUGGAUAUUUCCUUUUUCAUCUAUUCCUGUACGACGCAAGAGCUCAGGGAGAAGCACUACGAGGACCUUUUGCAAGCGUAUCAUGCGGGCAUGACGGAACAAUUGCGAGUCGUGGGAUUGCAAGCCAAAGAAGUCUUUCCGUAUGAAGCGUUGCUUGAAGAGAUGCAGCAAAGGGCUUGUUUUGGGGUCGGGAUGGGCAUUGAAUCGAUUCCGUUUAGUGUGUUGGAAGACGAUGAAGCGGGCGAUAUGGAUGCCAUUGAGGGAGAUGAAGCUGUUGAUGUGACGACAGUUUGGAUCUUGAAGCCGAUCAAGAACAAAGAAGGGCGUCAACGGUUGGCAGACAUGUUCAAACAUGCGGUGCAAAUGGGAUACAUUUAGAAGAUUGUCGACGAGAAUCGUACGUGAGCAGAAACCAAAACAUUCACAGAGCUUACCAGUGAACUUAAAUAAAUUUAUGGAAGUGGAA